GGCUCUCGCCCCGGCCAGUCGAUACAGCUGAUCGUUACGUCAGUGGGAAAUAGCCGUAACACGAGAGGCGCUUCUGCCGCGCAAUUUUUAUUCCCGCGGCCUCAACUCUAAUAGCGUCCGUUCUCGCGCUCUCUCUCUCCCCCUCUCCUGUCUUUCUUUUUUUUUCUCUCGAGUACAAGCAAGGUCAAAUAGUCCCGCGCGUCAACCACCUGUGUCGUGUCGUCGCAAUCGUCAUCGUUAUCGCAUCCUCGGAUAUAGACGGCGAGAUGCGGACGCGUACGUAUCGCGAACGGAUGGCGCGCGACUCGUAAACGCGCGCAUUUCCGGACGCGGCCGUUCCGCGCGGAAAAACGCGGCCGCGUAAGCUCGUCGCGAGAAGUAAUUCCGGAGUCAAGGUCGUCCAGUGUAGCCUCUGUUUUCUUCCCGUCGCUCUCCCUUCCCGCGACCUCUCGAGGGCGUUGGAAAUUCGACGAGUCUGCGGAUCGUCGAGGGGAUACGAAGGGGGACAUCUUCUCGAUGGAGAUCGAAAUGGAAAAUAUUUUCCUAAUUUCGAGCAUGCCGUCAAAUGACUGUCUUCACAAUCCGCCGAGACUCGUCUAACCGUUGUCUAGCCCGUAGGCGGAACUCGAGCCGAAUUUGACAGUAAGCAGGAAGGAUGUAAUUUACCUUUCCUCCGAUCCUCGACGACGAAAAGGGGGUAACGUGACGUGAAUAAAGGUACAUCGAGCGAGAGAAUAGAAGCGAUCGUUGACAAGGGCGAUGUCGGAAGCGUAAAACGCGGCGCGACCAUUCGCCCCGAAGAUGCUGGUAGACGACUGCGGAAACGGAAUGGGGUGGACUUCGGCUAGCGUGCGCGGGGGAUGGUCCACCCCGGGAGGAUGCAGAAAUUCAGCCAUGAGCUUCGGCGGCAGCGUGCCAUCCUUGCAUCCGACCGGUUCGAUGAGAUCGUUGCGCUCGCAACAUUCUAUGCAGCCUCCGCCCGAGACACCGCGAAGAUGCAUACAUUGUCAUCCGGUACAUGUUGCCAGCACCCCCAAUAAUUACAUGCAACAUCCUAUGCAGUAUUAUACGCCGACUCAUUGUAUGGAGGGUCAAAAUGGCACGUAUACGCCGCAUCGUGGAAGUUCAUAUCACGGCGAUACUCGUCUGCGUUACAUAGACGGGGACGAGAGCAUGGGCGCUAAUACCAACUGGGUUCUGGGCGAUCUACGCAGUUUGCAUCGCUGCGUACCCGCACUUCGUCGUACAGGCAUAGACGUCGCCGGUAUGCGGACGCAUUUCUAUCCGGAGGGUGGUUGGGGCUGGUUAGUCUGCGCCGCCGGUUUCCUCGCCCUGUUGCUCACCACCGGGAUGCAGCUCGCCUUCGGAAUGCUCUAUCUUUACGCCAUACGACAUCUCGGUGACGUCCACCUGAUGGAUAUAGUGUGGGCGGGGGCGUUGAGCGCCGCGGUUUCUCGCGGUUCCGCACCCCUGGUCGUCGGUGCGUGUCGUCGUGGCAAUACAAGGCUUACGGCGGUGAUCGGCGGCCUGGUGCUGGCUUUGGCAUCCCUCUUCACCUCCUUCGCCCUCCAGAUGCAUCAAGUGCUCCUUAGUUACGGGCUGGUGCUGGGUACGGGUGCCGGCCUCGUGAGGGAAACCGCCGGUCUGGUAUUGGGCAAUUACUUCAGAAAACGGCGGGAGUUCGUGGAGAUGGUGGUGCAAGCCGGCACCGGCGUGGGAAUAGCACUUUUCAGCGUCUUCUACAAGGAAGCCGUCGGGAAGCUGGGCUGGCGGCUGGGGCUUCAAUCGGUGACGGGCGCGCUCUCGUUGGCCUUCUUUCUGGGGCUUAUAUACCGGAGCGCCUCGCUCUAUCACCCUCAACGCCGGGCCAUAUUGCAUCUCAAGAGUCAACGCAGCAAACUCAAGGAGAAGAAAUCCGCGAACAAGGUGCCGAAGCAGCCCCUGGUCGAUCUCAGCCCUCUCGGAUCGCGUCCUGUGAGAAUGCUCAUGCUGGCCGCCGGCGCCGCUGCUUUCGGUCUUUACACCCCCGCCUUCUACAUCGCUCUGCAAGGCUUCCAGGACGGGUUAGAGGCCAGCGCUCUCGUAUUGUUGCAGACCUGUCUUGGCUUGGCGGCGGCACUCGGAUGCGCGGCCUGGGGGGUGGUCACCGCCAGGCCAUCCGCUCAGUGCCUAGUGUCCAGGCAAUAUCUUUGCCAAGCGGCGCUCAUCGGGGUCGCUGUAGCUCAAGUGGCUCUUGGUAGCGUACAAGGUUAUCACGGACUCGUACUGGCCUCCGGGCUUUACGGAGCCUCGCUCGGCGGCGCGCUCUACUCCCUCAAGAUGUUGGCCCUCGAGAGGCUGCGAGCGAGACAUUUCGCCAGAUCAUGGGCCCUGGUGCAGGCCGCGGAAGCUCUGCCAAUCCUUCUCGGAGUUCCUCUGACUGGUUACAUGAACGCCAACAGUCCGCGGGUGGGCUACUACGCGUGCACGUUGAGUUCCUUGUGCGGCGCGGCGCUGCUCUUCCUGGUCGGCUGGGGACGUCAGCCGGCGUCGCCGCUCCUGCCGGGGCCGCGGCUCUCGAGCCUCGGCUACGGGGUCGUGCCGCCGCCGUGCGCGUGCCCGCCGCCGCCGCGGCCCCGGCUGCCCAAGUCGCAGUCCCUCCACGUGCCCCUGGACGUCGUCGAGGACGGCAUGCGCGAGCGGGACUACGUCGAGCGGAUGCACGAGACCACCGACCACUACUGUCAUCCUCAAUUCCACGCGCCGUUGCGGCCCAGCAAGAGCGUGCCGGAGGGACUCGGCCAUCAGGACCCGUACCGAAUCCGGCCGCGACGUCAUCGCGAUAUCACUGUCAUAGAGCAGAUCACCACCAGCGUGUAGGAGCGAAAUGCGUGCGAUCGACCACCGCGCGCGCGAGAUUAUUAUUAGGCUAAUGGAAAUACCCGACAAUUUUUUUUUUUGUGGAAUCUGAAAAAUAUGCUCUUUGGAGUUUGUUGUGUCAUUGUAGAGAUAGUGGUAUAAUGCUCUCUUUAUUGAAAUCUAAAUUCUAUUACGAUCUAAGUGGACAGUUAUAAGUUGAAAAGAAAAAACAACAUUUGUAUUGUAUUUUUUUAAUAAUUUAUAUCGCUCUGUUGCGCUAUUGUUUACACUGGUUUUUUUUUUAGUUUGCUCUUUUUAUCCUGUGCAUUGCGUCGUGUAAAUGUAACUUAUCGGGCAAUUUGGGUUUGCUCUUAAGAAAAAAGAAAAUUGUGUAUCAUUAGUGGUAAAAGCUAGUUCCCAGUUGCAAGCAUGAGCGGAAAGUAAAAUAGCUAUAAGAAAAAAAAAAAAAAGAUAAUUCGCGCACCGGAUAUUUAUCGGAUAUUUAGGAUCGUGGAAUCAAGGAAGAAUGAUAGUCGAUGCUCUCUUUUUAGAGAUACAUCCCUAUACAGUCUUUUCCUACUAAAUGCUAAGAUAUAAGAUCGAUUAUUAAAUUAUGAAUUAGCAUAAAUAGCAUUAAUAGCAUAAAUAAAGUUUGUAUUAGUUGAUAUAUCAUAUAUAGAUCAAAUUGACGCGCGUCAGGGAGGUACUCAUUCGUGUUGAUACGCUGGUUUGAAAUAUUACUGCCAGGGAAGUAAUUCUGUCCGCCGAGACUAAACGUACGUUCAACAACAGGAUACAAGACGGCAGGGCGGAUGCGAAAGGAAAUUACAGUUUUCAAUUAAAAAAAAAAAAAAAAAAAGAAAAAGUUGCUCUUUAAAAAGUCUUCGAUGAAAUAUUAUUUUUAUUCUUUCUUAAAAAAAAACUUGAACACGGGAAAAAUGUAAAUAAUAAUAUAAUUACAGAGAAGAAAAUAGUGCUGGGAGAGAGGAAAAAAAUGGCCUCCAUUAAUUUAUAAAUAUAUACUAUACCAAGCUUCUAUCUAAAAUCGUGAUAAAUUCUGCUUCUAUUAGCGUCCACUUUGACGUUGAUCCGAUUAGCUGAUGCGAAUGAUAAUUAGCGCAAGUUAUCGACGGACCGAUAUCUUCCCUAUACAGAGUUUCGUGCGAGAAAUAGCGUAUUCACAUACACACACACACACACAUAUAUAUAUAUAUAUACAUAUGUGUGUUUGUGUGUGUGUGUACAUGUAAGUAUAAAUUAAGCGAUCAAAAGCACACACUCAUCGUUAAAUUUCCCUAUAGAUGAAAAUAUAUGUACAGCGCGGAGCUGGUCUCCGGAAGCAUCGUCAUAGAGAUCGUUAUGUAUUAAUAAGGCUAAUAAUACACGUUUCGUACACCUAAAUACACACACACACACACACACACACAACAGACGGACGUUUCGAACGCGAACGAUUCCGAGAUGAAACCUAUUUGAAAGAUCCGUGAAAAAGGAUCGAUGGAUAUCUAUCUCACAAAGUUGUCAACUGUUUUAUUUCCUUCAAUUAGACAAUUGGAUUUGCAAUUCGCGCUAAGUUCAUUUAUUUCUGUCUAAGCGUUUCUAUCACCUUAUUCGGGAUUAAGAGGUGCAUUUCGAGCAGUCAUGCUUCUUAUUCUAUGUAUUAUCGCGAAGUGUCGGCUCUAUUCCUAUCAAUUUAUAAGACUAAUUAUAAUCUCAAGUCACAUUAAUCACGAUAACGUAAUUAGUACCUGACUAUUAAGUGCUCUAGGUAUGUACCUAAUGCAGUGAGUGACGACGUAGCGAUGUCACUUCACUUCACUCGUUAUUUAAUUAUUUCUACUUUCUCGUGUGAUGUACUUUGUUAUCACUACACUAUGUCGAAACUAAACAUUUACGCAUGAGUGCGAAUCAUACCGUUUCCUUAUGCAAUUCAUAAAAAUUGAUAAACGUAGAAAGUAUCGCAACGGUGUUUGCGGAGAUUAUAAGAAAGUAGUAAGUAAAAUGUAGGCAGGCUAUUUAGAGAUCUCUGUAGUUGAAUUUGUCACGUUUUCCGAUACGGUGCAAUAUCGGAAAUAUCGCAUCUAGUGGCAACGACAGUUGAAUUUUAUAUAUAGAGAGAGAGAGUACGAUCGGAUUAUUACUGAGGAAUUCUACAUAUGGAAUUUCCUACACAAUUUAAUAAAAUUAAUGCGGCGACGGCGAUGCCGUAUUGAUUUAAUCUCUGAAAAGUGGAACAAUCUUCGAUUCAUAAGAUGAGCAAUUUUCAAUUCGCGUGUCACAUCUCUUGCUCGAAAAUUAUCAGAGACUCAAUCAUAAUAUAUUCUUCGGCAUUUUCUUCUCAGCUGUACAUUCAUGUAAAAAAAUUGUGAUUUUUUUUUUAUAAGUUAACUAAAUCAUAUAAGUAAAUCAUUCUUAGAAAGUUAAAGCAGGGGGAUGCAUACACGGGGUCAAGAUCGAGUUUCAGUCACAAUUUGUGCAAUCGUUUUCCAAUUAAAUGAAUGAGGAAUAAAAUCUCUUUCAACCAUUUCGCAUCUAAAUAGCUACAAAUUGGUAUUAGUAAAAUUCUAUCGCUAUAUAUGUGAUCUUUAUCCAAUCUAAAAAUAAUAUUGCGCGAAUGAAGACGUUAUAUUUCGUACAGGCUCCUUCAUUGACUCCGUAGAGUUUGUUGGAAUUUCCAAAUGUGUGCUCCUGUUGAAGCGAAAAAUAAUGUUUUUAUAUAAAUUACAUACGUAAUUAUCGGUGAGCAUUGUGCGGCGAAUUUGUUAGAUCGUAAAAGUUGUAGUUUAUAAUGUUGCAGAGUCUCUCUUAGUCGCGUUAAAAAAAUAUUUCUUUCAAUCAACAUAUAUAAGGAUCAAACGUAUAAACGUCACCAAUCUUAACGUUCGUUAUGAAGACUUUUUUAAUAUAUAUACAUAUAUAUAUAUAUAUACAUAUAUAUAUACAUAUUGACUUUUGAUGUGAUGAAUUGUUUGUAUACUGCCAAUUUUUAUAGGAUAUAAUCGAAUAUUCGAUUUUCAAUGGUUCAAUGCACACAAUGAAGAAUUUGCUUGAGUACUUUUACCAAUCCACCAAAGACGAGAUUAAUGUUUCAUGUUGAGACAUUUAUAAAUAAUAAAAUAUUUUCUCCCAACUCUCUCGAGAAUUCUUCACUGAAUCAGGAUUGUUAACGAAUUUAUAUUAGACAAUUAGCUCACCACAGACUGUAAACCGAAUCUCGAUAGAAACUAUGGGUUCGUUUACUCUUCAUAUAUGACUUUGCAAUUAUGUACAGUUCUCAUUUUUAUAUUAAUUUUAUUUCCUUAUUUCUGCUGUAAUUAAUGAAACACAUUAUCCUGAUUGAUAAUAGAUUUUAUAAACGCAAACAUGGAUGGUCGAUUUUUUGCGACCUUUACAUGUGUAAAUAUAUAUUUUUAUGUAACGAAAUGCACACAUUUAAAGAAUUAAAAACAAAAAUUAAUAGAUUACAUUCGAGAAAUUUAAAAUUAUAAGAAGAUACAUUUUUAAAUUAUUGAAAUUAAUAAAAUCGUAACGGUAAUUCGGAUAUAAUAUCAAAAAAUUACAAAUUUAUCUAUUCAUCUAUUAUAAGACUCUCAUAAUACAUAUUUGCACGCAUAUUAUAUUAUUCAAAAUGUUUUUUUUUUUUUAUUGUUCCCAUUAAUACUGCAUUACGUGCAACCAAUGAUACAUACGUAGAUUGGAAUUUGAUUGAUAUUUGUUUCAUUUUUAGUUAUUGAUAAAUUUUAUCAUCUCCGUAUUGUUAUUAAAUAUUAUAAAUUUUCAGUAUAUUAUUUUUGAAAAUUACUUGUGUGCGUAUCUAUGUAAAAUAUAAAUGUACAAAGGGUUAAACGCGUGCCUCGCAAUGUUUGAAUGGCAUUUAAAAUUCUUUUAAACAUUAUACUCGAAUUGUUUAAUAACAAUAUUAAAUAUUCUUAGCGAAUCUUUCUAGUUAGAGCGAAAUCCGAGCUUGAAGGUAUUUGCACAAUCAUGAAACUGCAUUUAUAAAGGAAAUAUCUCAAUUCGGAAUAUCAUAAUCCCCAAACAUUGGAGGAAUCUCUGCGAUAAUUAUAUUUAAUGUUAUAUAAUGUUAUGCUUGUCGUCAAUCGAUUUUUAGAAAUCGCGUAAAUCCGUUGCCUUGUAAAUAUACCUAAGCAAGGUUCCCCUAUUGCCCUACCCCAUGUUGAACAUUUUGUAAAGUUUUAUAAAUAGUUCUACGUAGUUAAACACAGCUGGACCAAUAAAACAUAUAUCCGAUUGUA